AAAAAAACAUACACCAUUUAUUACUCGGUCCAAUAAAUAUAUAUGACAAAUAACGUGAAACAGCAUCAGAAAUAUUUAACUCGUUCGUUAAAGGAAGUUCAGCUAACGUUCUAACAAAACAGUUACGUAGACGUUCUCCGCUCGUUAAAACAAACUGCACAAUACCACACCAUUUCACACGUGCCGAGCGAAACCGAGGUUUCAUCCCUUCCGACGAAAUAAUACCGACACUUUGAAUCGUUCCCGACUGAUUCAUACUCAGAUCAUUUAACGAGAAAGUUUAUGAUAGUAAAAGUUUACGGUGGAAUACAUAGUAUGUAGAUUUUUUCGUAGCGACGCGACAUGUUUUCCUACUACGCCGCCACCUACCCAGAUCCUAGGUUAACGAGAUCGCGGAUCGAUAUCUCGUUUCGAGAGUGGCAAACUUUACGACGGUCUCGCCUGGUUGCGAACGUUCGGUUGAAAUUCGAGGGAUCGAGAAUCGAUUUUUGCUUCGUCAUGGUCCCAUGUUUUAAUGCGAACGAACAGUAAAUCUUUCUUUUGCGAAUGUACGAAACCUGUUUCACAUGUGCGCGUCCGGUAACGAUGUUGUCCGUGCAAACACAAUCAUUGAUGCAAGAAGAAAGCAUCGAAUAGAUCACACGUAACUUGUGGCAACGUAAAUUAUCGGUAGUGGGGGAAUAAGGCGAGACGAUGGAUUCUGAAAAUGACAAUGAGCCCAGACGUUCCGCACGUAAAUCAGUAGACGUUUGAUUUAUCGGUGUUCCCGCUGCAUCCGCGCUGUUUUAAAUCGGGCGUUAUGAAAGAAAAUUAUCAUCGGGUAUGUGGUUUUCCGGAGGAAUUAUGCAAAUUUACUGUCGGUUUAGAGAGUAUCGAGCGAUAUUUCAAGUUAAUGGAAAAGGAAUAACAUCGGAUUGAAGAUCGAGUAACAGGUGGAGCGGCACGAUGACAAGACUCAUCACGGCAUUGCUGCUGCUGCAGGCUAUCGCGAGGUUCGGUCGCGUGGCAGCCGCAGAUUCCACGCACGCGGCUGACCAACCGGCCCCAUCUGCGGUCCCAUCGGGGCUUUCUGGGCCAGAUUACACCGGGCCAUCGGCCGGUUCCGACGAGUGCGACCCAGAAAUGGUCGGGUUCGAGCUGGUGACCGGCUACGUGUUCACCGCGCCCACGAACAUGCUCGAGUCCAUACCGGGAACCCUGAUGCUCACCGAUUGCUUGGAGACCUGUCAAGCGAACGAUUCCUGCCAGGCGGUGAACUACGAGACGGGCCUCUGCGUUCUCUUCAGCUCGAACGCCGACAGCAAUCCAGGUGCCCUCUCGCAAUCCCAAUUCCCGGUGUUCACGAUUUACGCCCAGAAGAGCUGCCUGGCUGUGAAACCGUGCGAACGCGCCUGGUGCAUCGACAGGGUCCAGGGGCAUCGUCUUCAGGGCCACACACGUAGAACCAUGAACGCCUCCUCGCGACAACACUGUCUCGAGCUCUGUUUAGGCGAGAGAGACUUCCUAUGCCGAUCUGCCAAUUACGCAAAUGCAACGAAACAAUGCGAAUUAUCGGACAUGGACCGUUUGACCGUCGCCGGAUCGAACGCUUUCCAAUCCUCCAAGGGAUUCGAUUACCUUGAGAACCACUGCGUGGACGAACCGGUGAAACUUUGCGAAUUCAAGAAACUGUCCGGCCGUAUUUUGAAAACCGUGGAUUCCGUUUACCAAGAUGUUGGCAGCACCGAGGAGUGCCGGGAGCUCUGCUUGAAUUCCCCGUUCCGUUGCCAUUCCUACGAUUAUGGCGACACAGGUGACAUGGUAUGCCGUCUCAGCCAUCACUCCAGAGCCACCCUUUCGGAUAUCCAGGAACCUUAUCUUGACGUGCCCGAGGGAUCGACGUACGAGUUGAGCUCUUGCUACAACGUGACCAUAGAUUGCCGGGCCGGUGACAUGGUGACGAGGAUCCAAACGAGCAAAUUGUUCUACGGAAAGGUGUACGUGAAGGGGUCGCCGAAUUCUUGCGUGCAGGACGUGAAGGGGGCGUUGGAGUUCGAGCUGAAAAUGGCGUACGACGAUUUGGAGUGCAACAUAAGGCAGCAGGGGUUGGGCCGUUACCUGAACGACGUCGUGAUCCAACACCACGACACCAUUGUCACCAGCUCCGAUCUCGGCCUGGCCGUCACCUGUCAAUACGAUCUCACCAACAAAACCGUGUCGAACGAGGUCGAUCUCGGUGUGCACGGUGAAAUAACUCCCGCUCUGUCCGAGGAAGUGAUCGUCGACUCGCCCAACGUCGCCAUGAAGAUCACCGAUCGUAGUGGAAACGAGGCAAUCCCCUCGGCCGAAGUCGGCGAUCCGUUGGCCCUCAAGUUCGAGAUACUCGACCCCAACAGCCCGUACGAGAUCUUCGUACGCGAGCUGGUCGCCAUGGACGGCGUCGACUCCAGCGAGAUAGUCUUAAUUGACUCGGAUGGCUGCCCCACCGAUCACGUCAUCAUGGGCCCCCUCUACAAGUCGGCCACCACGGGCAAGAUUCUCCUUUCGCACUUCGACGCCUUCAAAUUCCCCAGCUCUGAGGUGGUACAGUUCCGGGCCCUGGUCACACCUUGCAUGCCCACCUGCGAGCCGGUUCAGUGCGAUCAAGAGGAGGCGACCGGCGAGCUGCGCUCCGUGAUUUCGUACGGGAAGCGUCGUCGCCGUCGCUCGACCGGCUCCCAGACCCGCGAGGACCUGCUGCUCGUGCAAUCGAUCCAGAUCACGGACAAGUUCGGAUUCGAGCACGACAGCAAGGCGUCGAACGCCAGCUCGGCCAGCAGGGACACGGUGUUCGUCGAGAGCGAGGACAUAUCGUCGACCAUGGGCAUGUGCAUCAACCUGGGCGAGGCGAUCGUCGCUGGGACCGUGUUCCUCGUAGCCCAGAUCGCCAUCAUAGCCGCGUGGACGUUCACCUGGCAGAGACGCCGGCAGAUGCUCAAGCACCAAGAGGCGCUCUCGGUCUCGGUCUCCGUACCGGGGAUGCAUUCCGUCCCCGGACGCACCGACAGCCUCUGUAAGUUGUACGACACAGGUUACUCAGCGCGCCGUUUUUGAGCACCGUUUCCGUUCCCCCUUCCUUCCUAAG